AUGAGAUUAGGGAAGCGCGGAAUGAGAUCAGGGAUGGGCGGAAGGAGAUUAGGGGUGGGCGGAAUAAGGCGCGGGUUGAUGGGGAGGGGGAAUGGAGGGGGAGAGCAGGUGCUGCCCGAGGAGGGGGAAGAGAGACGUCCAGAGGGGCUGAGUGGCGUGGUGGACAAGUGGGGCUGGACCGCCAUGCAUGUGGCUGCUCGGAAUGGUGACUCCCCCGUGGUCAGUCUCACCUGCCUCCCCGCCUGCACCCAUGCAGCACAGCCAUGCACCAGCUCUCACCCAUGCAGCACAGCCAUGCACCAGCUCUCACCCAUGCAGCACAGCCAUGCACCAGCUCUCACCCAUGCAGCACAGCCAUGCACCAGCUCUCACCCAUGCAGCACAGCCAUGCACCAGCUCUCACCCAUGCAGCACAGCCAUGCACCAGCUCUCACCCAUGCAGCACAGCCAUGCACCAGCUCUCACCCAUGCAGCACAGCCAUGCACCAGCUCUCACCCAUGCAGCACAGCCAUGCACCAGCUCUCACCCAUGCAGCACAGCCAUGCACCAGCUCUCACCCAUGCAGCACAGCCAUGCACCAGCUCUCACCCAUGCAGCACAGCCAUGCACCAGCUCUCACCCAUGCAGCACAGCCAUGCACCAGCUCUCACCCAUGCAGCACAGCCAUGCACCAGCUCUCACCCAUGCAGCACAGCCAUGCACCAGCUCUCACCCAUGCAGCACAGCCAUGCACCAGCUCUCACCCAUGCAGCACAGCCAUGCACCAGCUCUCACCCAUGCAGCACAGCCAUGCACCAGCUCUCACCCAUGCAGCACAGCCAUGCACCAGCUCUCACCCAUGCAGCACAGCCAUGCACCAGCUCUCACCCAUGCAGCACAGCCAUGCACCAGCUCUCACCCAUGCAGCACAGCCAUGCACCAGCUCUCACCCAUGCAGCACAGCCAUGCACCAGCUCUCACCCAUGCAGCACAGCCAUGCACCAGCUCUCACCCAUGCAGCACAGCCAUGCACCAGCUCUCACCCAUGCAGCACAGCCAUGCACCAGCUCUCACCCAUGCAGCACAGCCAUGCACCAGCUCUCACCCAUGCAGCACAGCCAUGCACCAGCUCUCACCCAUGCAGCACAGCCAUGCACCAGCUCUCACCCAUGCAGCACAGCCAUGCAGCCCGCUCAACACUCUCUGAACCCACCGUCCAUCACGCGCAUGGACCGCACUCACCCUGCUGCCCGCUUCUCUCCCUCCCCGCCGUUCUCCCAUGCAUGUGCCUGCAGCUGCAGGCGCUGUUGCGCAUGGGCAUGCCAGCGGGGGUGUGCAGCACGCGCAACGCCACCACGCCACUGCACGUGGCGGCGUAUGGCGGCCACGUGGACUGCAUGUGCCUGCUGGCGGCUGUGCGUGCCUGGCGGCUGGACUCCAUUACACAAUGCAGUGACCAAGCAGCAGUGGGAGGCAGUGAGAUGACUUGCACACCAGGGAAUAGAGCCAGCAGAGGAGAGCCGUACACCAACUGCACCGCUCUGAACCCAUUUGUGCAGUGGAAUCUGCAGCCGCUACUACCAGCCACUCCCCCCUCCUUCACCCUCACCUCACCACCCCCACCCGCCUUCACGCCGCCAUACGCCCUCUCGUCCAUCUGCUUGUGGACGUCCCUCUCCGCCAUCGCACCUGGUCGCACACAAGCAACAGCCCUCCUGCCACUGCCGCCACACACAAAGCCUGCUGAUGCAGAUGCUGGCAGUGGAGGCGAGAAGGCAGUGGGGGGCGCAGUUGGUUCGAGUCAGGGCGUGCAGGGGGAGUGGGCAGUGGCGGGGUAUGAGGCGAUGCGUGUGGUGCAGGUGGGGGGUGGGUGGCGCCAGGGCAGCUAUGGCCUGCCCUCCUCCCUCGCUGCCUCUGCUGCACCUGCUGUGUCUGGAAGGCAAGGUGACUUGUCUGGAAACCUUUGUUGCACUUCUUUGUAG